CUUUCGACAUAAUUCAUUCCGUCUUCACGUCCUCCGCCCACGACCUCCCUGUCGCCGCUGAGUCAGUCAUAAUGUCGGCGACAUCGAAAUUAGCCAUCCGACGUACGAUUGACCUGUCGGCUACGCAUAUCCGGUGCCAGCGCCGAUGGGCCCGCGUCCACGAUGUCCGCUUUGUCACCACCCACCGUGACCAGGAGCGUAUCAUAGACAGGUACAAGGAGAAACUGCAGCAGAAAGCAAGGCAGGAGGGCCAUGAAUCUAUUUCCUCGCUGAAAGAGGCAUAUCAAGAUAAAAUCAAAGAGGCGAGGCGUACUGCAGCGAAGCUUCCCACCGUUCCAUCAAAACCAUCCUCAACAGCAAGCGAGUCUAUGUUUCCACAACCUCCACCUCCUCCGCCUACCCCACAAGCAGCACCAGCACCGCAGGCUAGCACGCAAGGCCAAUCCAAGUCAAAUGCUCCAGGCAUCAAGCCACUGUCAUCCUACCUCGACCUAGAAAAAGUGUCUUCUUUACCGAAGAAAGAGGUGGAAUACAUAUGGAGACUGCGGCAUGCCAACGAUCCCUUGUCCCUUUGCGCCGUCGUCCCCCUCGAGACGUACCACCGACUCUACCGGACAGCCAGGACGCAUCCUCAGUUUGUCCUUCCUUUGCCUCGGCCUGCAGCAGAAGAUGGCAGCGGAGACGUAAAACAAUCCCCAAGUGGCUUUGAAGGAGGCGAGCGUUCCGCCGCAGACAUCCACUUCCUUCAAUGGGGUUUCCAUCCUCCUGCUGGCACUCCUCCCAGUCCAGAGGUCAGGACUGCGAACAACCAUACCAGUACCGUCCUCUUCACACACCUGGCUGCCUACAAACUCCACGGGGCAUAUGCGCAGCCGCACACCACCAUCACCCACCAUCUGGACCUCGCCGACUCCCAUGGGAUUGUUCUGCUCAAUGGCUCGGUCGUUGACGGCCGCGGCGUCAGCGUCGAGGAAGGCAGGUGGCUAUUAAUGUGCCUCCAAAAGUUCUAUGACCAUGAAGGUCACGGCGCCGGUGUUGGUGGCGAGAAGCGACAAGGACUGCUGAAAAAAUUCAGCAAUGGUGACCAAGGUUUCGACCUCGAAGAACUGGUGGAUGAAGCUGAAAGGAUCUCAUAAGGAUAUUUCUUCCG